GUAAGUCAUAUUAGUCCGCGAGCGAGUGUUUUGCCCAAAACUCUUUUUUUCUGGACAUUUCGACGCAACUAUCAAGGUACUUUUGCGUUUGCCAGCUUCCCUGAACUCUCUUUCGUAGAAAUUAAUAGCUAAGACAUACGAAAACACCAUGGGAAAGCGUAAAAAUCAGCCAGUAAUCGACAGCGACAGUUCCUCCGACUCCGAAAGUGGCGAUUUGGACUCGGAAUUCUUGUCGUUGGCGAAGAAAAAGAAAAAUGCUCGUCGCAACUCAGAUUCCGCGAGUAAAAAGUCAGAUUCGGACGAUUCUGAUUGGGGCAGUAGUGCGAACGAGCGUAAAACGAAGAAAGCGAAGCCAGCAGCGUCGUUAUCCGAUGAUUCGGAUGAAAAUGACGACGAUGACGAGCGAAAUGGCGGCAGUGAGAUGGAAGUUUCAGCUCCGGCAACAACGUCGUCAGCUUCGCAAGUCAACAAAGCGGCGGCUGAAAAGAAAGGCGAUUCCGAGCCUGAAGAAGGACAACUUACAAGCGAUGAUAGUGAUAGCGACGGAAGCUCCAGCGAUGGGUCUUCGAGCGAAUUCAACGACGGAUACGACGAAAAUUUGAUGGGAGAUGCCGAAGAUCGGGCCCGUCUCGAAGCGCUGACGGAAAAAGAGCGCGAAACGGAAAUUUUCAAACGUAUCGAACGGCGUGACAUGAUGCGAACGCGCUGGGAAAUCGAACGGAAACUCAGAAUGGCAAAGCGUUCGGAAAAGGACAAGAAGCCCAAGUCACAGAAGAAAAAGAAGAAGCCAAAACAGCAAAAGGAAAAGUCGCAAAAGGCAAUGCACGUGGAAAAACCUCUCUUUUCGCCGCCAAGACCUACAUCAACGCAAGAAUCCGCAACGCUUCCGUCGCCCGUCGAGUCUCCCGACAAGAAAUCCAACGACUCCACAGAGUACUUUGAUCCCAAGGAACGAUCGAAGGAACGCAAAAAGAACGUCGAAAUGAACCGUACCGACGACAAACGAAGCAACGCAAUGGCAAUGUUGAAGGCACGUCGCGAAGGCAAGGCGAAACGCGAAGAGGAAGAAGCCAAAAAAGAAGCGCAACGAAAACAGGAAGAAGAAAAGGACGAAAUUGAGGGUGUCGGCGGCAAGUCUUCCGUCAAAUUGAAGGCGUCAGAUAUCUACUCGGACGAUAGCGGAAGUGAAUCUGACGAGAAAAUGUCCGAUAAGAGAUCAACAACGAGCAGCAAAUCGUCCGGCAGCGAAUCAGAAGAUGAUGAAAAACCACAAAAGGAGAAGAAAAUCGAAUAUAUCAGCACAUGUGAGCAACUCAAUAAACUCCGACUAUCCCGUCACAAAAUGGAACGCUUCCAUAUGAUGCCACAAUUCGAAAAAGUCGUCACAGAUCUUUUUGUUCGUGUCAGUAUUGGAAAUCACGCUGGUUUACCAGUUUAUCGAGUCGGUCAAAUUGUUGGCGUUGUGGAAACGGCUAAAGUCUAUCAGUUUGGCAAAAAUCGAACUAACAAAGGAUUACGCUUAAAACAUGGCACACAAGAUCGUGUGUUUCGCCUGGAAUUCAUCUCGAAUCAGGAUUUCACGGAACAAGAGUUCACAAAGUGGAAAAAUGUGUGCGACAGUCAAGGUGUCGAGAUGCCAACUGUAGAUAUGAUCGAAACUAAGGCUAAAGAGGUUAAGGAAGCACUAACUUAUGAGUUUAAGGACGAAGACAUUGACCGAAUAAUCGAAGAAAAGAAUCGUUUUAGAGCUCAUCCAACAAAUUACGCCAUGAAAAAGACACAAUUACUUAAAGAACGUGAAGCAGCUAUCACGCGCGGCGACGACGACUACGCAAAAGAUCUCAGUAUCCAAAUUGAAGAGCUCGAGGAGCGUGCCAGUGAGCUAGACAAGAAACGUUCGAGCAGUAUUAGUUUAAUUUCGUACAUUAACAACCGGAAUCGCAAACAAAAUGUCGAAAUUGCCGAAAAAGCAAUUCUGGAAGAGGCUCGUGCCAACAAGGGCGUCAAAAUUGAUGAUCCGUUCACGCGACGAUCCACUCAACCAACGAUGUCAUUCAAACGGAAAGACAAUUCUGAGGAAAUACCAUCGAAACCGUUUGAACCUCCUCCGCCGCCCGGCAAAAAAGAUACUGUGGACUCGAAAAAAUCCACAACGGCACCAAGUAGCGAGAAAAACUUGUAUUUGUUGCAUGAUUUCGACAUCGAUCUUGAUGUUUCGUUACCUGCUACCACUGUGAACGUCGUUCCGAAGCCAUUAGAAAAGAUUAAGGAAACCGCCCCCAAACGCUCCCUAAACUUAGAAGAUUACAAGAAGAAACGAGGAUUAAUAUAAAUUAGUAUAUUAACGAAAACAAACAACAACAAAACCCUAAAAUUAAGAAAAUUAUUCAAAAAAAUCACACGAUUUUAAUUGUCUUUGAAAAUGAGACAAUUUCGAGUCGACAUUAAAUUAUAAAUACAAAAAAAUUAAAUUAAAAAAGGACAAAAAAAAAUAGUAAUAACUACUCAUUCAAGUUACUAUAGUAAAUUAAAAUUAUUUAAAUUUAAAAAAAAUAAUAAAUAAUUAGGGAACCAUGUUUUAUUUUUUUGAGCUAUUUUUUUUUGUUUGUGAAAAUUUCAAAUUUAUUUUUAUG